AAAGGGCCAAGCGAAGUUUGUAAAGAGGGUUGAGUUAAAAUGUUAAAUAAUGGGCCGUGGCUGCCCUUUGAACUUGGCCGCGCAUGGGGUUCUGGAGCGGGAUUUGAGAAUUCAGAAAGAUUCUCAUCCCUCACCUCAACGCCACUCAAUUCAAUUCAAGCCCUGCGAAAUCCAAACUUCCAUAAGAUAAACUCACUUUAGUUUCCCCCCAAAUUCUCUCUCUCACUCUGACCCUAGGGUUUAACCAGGAGUUUUCUUCAGUCUGAUAACACUCUCAACACCACAAUGUCAUUUUCGUUGUUCGCCACGCCGCAGCAACAGCAACAGCAACCGCAACCGCAGCAGCAGUCUCCGUUCCAGCCACAGCAAAGUAGUCUGUUCCUUCCCCAGCAGCAACAACAACAACAACAAUUUCAGCCACAACAGCAGCAACCGCAGCCACAACAGCAGUUGUUUUUGUUCACAAACGAUAGAACUCCCGCUAGUUACAGUACAAAUUGGGCGGAUCUACAUCCAGAUUCUCAGAAGAUUCUCCUUCAGAUCGAGGAGCGGAUAUUGGAGUAUAGGGAUGAAAGCCAGAGACUAGAUCAGUGUAGUCGUCUUUAUGAUUCUUCGGUCUCCAACGAUGGAUUUGAGCUCGAUGCAGGCCAUAUUGUUCAGGAACUUGGUGGAAUAAGCACUGCUAUGGAACGGCAGAAAACUUUGCUGCAAGAACUGAUGUCCACAGUUAAGGAUAUGUUACGCAACACAGAGGUUGCUGUUCGUUCCUUUAUGAUGCUACGCCCAAGGUUCCUUCAUCCCAGUGGGGGUACAUCAAGUGCCACUGCUCCAUCACAGACUCCUGGAGCAACUAUAGCAGCUAGUUCAAGUAGCCAGCCAACAUCAUCUAUAGUGCCUGUUUUUGAUUUCUACAGUGGUCUUCCAAAGAAACCAUCACCCUUUUUACAGCAAACAGUUUUAAGAUUUGAGAAGUAUCUUGUUGAGUGCCAUCAGUUAAUUGAAGAGUUGGAGCAGUUGCUUCUCUUAGACUCUGAGAGAAAUGCUUCCAGUAAUGGAUCCUCAUUAUUGCAAUCUCUUCCCAAGGUCAUGACAAAUGUGCACGACUUUUUUGUUCAUGUGGCUGCAAAGGUGGAGAACAUUCAUCAGUACAUUGAAUCUAUGAAAUCAGCAUACCUAGCUGAUCGGCGUCGCCGGGGGGAAGUGAAUGAUCCAUUUUUGGAGGCAGAUCGGCGAGAAACUGCAAGACAAGAAGCUGCCUCGAAAAGAGUUCAUCCGACAUUGCAUUUACCUGCAAAUUCACAACCCUCAACUCAAGUUGCUGGGUUGUUUUCCAGUUCAGGGACUCAAGCAGCAUUGACUGCCCCGCAGACAUCUGCCGCAACUUCAUCUUCAUCAUCAGGAAGUGGAUUCUCUCUUUUUAGCACGCCGUCUUCUGCUUCGUCGUCUUCUAUGUUGUCAUCUCUGUUUGCAACACCAACUCCUGCUCCAGGACCUCAAACCUCACUUUUUGGUUCUACAACAUCUGUACCUGGUGCUGCAUCAACUCCCUCUCUGUUUGGUAAUACUACUCCAUUGUUUGGUACGGCACAAGCUACAAAUUCACUGUUUUCAUCUCCAUUUGUUUCAGGUGGUGCAACAGGAUCUGGGGCUAGCUUCGGACCUGGAUCGAAGAAUCCGCGGGCGAAAUCCAGAACUGCUCGACGCUAAUAAAUGUGAUCUCAAGCAUAAAGUUGAUUGGAACCCUUUUUGCUGCCUAACAAAUAUUCAAUGUUCUGCUUGAAAUAUUGGUUUUUCCUUAUUUUAGACGGUAUUAAAUGGAUUUUGCACUGAAUCUGAUGAGUUUCGGAAUGUAGAUGCCGCAUUGAGGGCACUGGUACAUAUCGAUAUUUGGAUUCUGCCUCGUUUCAAUCCAUUGUGUUCUUCCAUUA